GUUCAACCGUUCUUUGAAGAGGGGAGUGGGGGGGCCAGGGAAGACUCAUCGAAAGAAGUCCAUUUAAGUGCCCGUCUUGCCGAAUUGUGACGCUGUCAACCCUCCCAGUGAAACGCAAAACCAUCGAAGAAGACAUCAGAAAAACCUCACUUCUCCAGUCUCAAGCAACCUAAGAUUUGCGUUAUUGAUAUUGAACCCUCAUGGUAGAAGAGAGAUUACACAAUCGUUCAAGUCGGAUAGUUGAACACAGCCUUGAAUUGUCAACCACAAGACCCUCCCACACUGGUUGUGGAUAGAUGUAAAUAGGCUUCGGUUAGAACUGUUUAACUCAACUCAACUAUCUCGGCAGGCCAAAAUCCUUGAUCACACAUCUCUCAUAUCCGUUUGUUAGAUUGUGGGCAUCAUUACUGAGGAUUCUUUGCUUCAGCCAAUUUCAGGAAGUGCCUUCAUAAAAGACUCAAUCAUUAUGGCCGUGUCACCGUGUUUGGACCAACGACACGGGGCUCAAGUUGGCAUUUGGUCAACUGGUCAACUUGGAGGUUCUGAGACGGGGUUCCGUGCGGCCACGUCUUGAGAGUCGUGAUGACGGAUCUUCUUGGGCCACUCAAGAACAUCCGUGCAGUUCAACCUGAAGUCGAUGUGCCCUCUGAGGACCCACCCUGUCCGCCAGCCCUUGGUGGCCUGACACUCCAAGAGAAGGAUAGCCUUGAUGACAGUGACCCCAUCAUCACGCCGGGGGCCUUCAAGAGGCUCCAAGCGAAGCAAGCAGACCAAGCUGAGCUUCAAAGGUUCUUGUCCAAGCACCGAUUUCAGGAUGUGAACUCGCCAAAAACGUUCCAUUGCUUCCAGCGCGGCUUUGCCCUUUGCGGUGGCACGGAAGAGCUCUACCCGAUCCAUUUGGCAGCGAAGUUGGGAAAGCCCCAGCUGGUGAAGUUGCUGCUGCGGGAGGGUGUAGACAGAACGAAAGAAACCUCCAAAGGCAGGGUUGAGGAAGCAAGGAACAUGUCAUCAUUCUUUCUCAAUCAUGUAGAAUGUAUAUACAAUACUAUAGAUGCAGCUUCAUUCAAUCCCUCGGCCCUCAUUGUUGUUCAUGACUGAAGAUGAUAUCCUGAGGUCGAAGCCCUUUGGAGGUAGCUCAGCGGGUCAAAGAGCCUCGAAGCCGCAUCCAGGUGAUCCACGUUUUACAGGGCACCGAGAUGUUCAUCAAGCAGAAGUGGUCUUGCAAGGACUUGCUCUUGAUGGAGCUGAACUCCACCAGCUCGUCAUCCCAAGUCCAUCGUUGUUAGUGAGACCAGGCUCAUUGUUCUCGUGAAGUCUUAACGUUCCAACAAAUUCCAAUUGUGGCACUGCCCUUUUUGGGGGUUGGUGAGAGACGAACAGUCUCCCCAGCUCCAUUCUUCACCCUUUGCGUCACCUGUCCAUGUGCAUAACGCAUGUCAUGUGACAUCAUGUGACCAUUUGACAGAUCGCGGAUUCCGACGCAAGCGGCUUGCGCAGCAAUGCUGUGUCCCGACUUGCCAAGUCCGGAGCAUUCACAUCGCAUCAGUUCAUCCAGUGAA